AUGUCGGACGACGCACUAAAACGGGUAUUUGUAAAUGGACUGAAGGAUGAAAUCCAAGCUGAGAUCAGGGUCAUAGCACCAGCAAAUCUGUGCCAAGCUAUGGGUGCUGCUCAACGUGUUGAAGAUCAAAAUGUCUUAUUGGUUCAGGUACUACUCAUCAGUGAUGCAAGAGAGGGCAGAGAAAUGUUAGACUCAGGCGAAGUGACAGUAGCAGAAGUAGUAGCAAGGGAAGAGGAGGCAACAAACAUUUCUGAGGAAACCAUUGAACUCGCAGCCCUUUUGGUAGCCGAAAUCAACCCCUAUCGAACAUUCAAAAUUGUUGGAGAAAUUUUAGGCCAUGGUGUAUGCAUUCUUAUUAACAAUGAAGCCAAUCAUAAUUUCAUUUCAGAGGCAUUGGCUCGAAAAAUUAAUCUACCUAUAAUGGCUACAAAAAAUUUUGGGGUUACAGUGGGGGAUGGCUAUCAAUUGAAGGGGACCGGUAUCUGCAAAAACAUAAAACUAAAAAUGCAAGGGAUCGAAGUCAUCCAAGAUUUCCUACCUAUUAAACUUGGGAAUAUUGAUGUUAUCUUAGGAAUAGAAUGGCUCUCUAGGCUACAGGAUGUGAAAACCAAUUGGAAAUUAUUAACUCUCAAGUUUAGACAAAACAACAAGUGGUUAGAACUACAAGGGGACCCUACACUCACCAGGUUGGAAACUUCUUUAAAAACUCUCCUCAAAACAGUUUAA